UGCGACGCCAUGACGACUAGUACUACCCCUGGCCUCCGGCUGGAUGCACUGCAUCCAGCCCUCCCUUUCCCCGCCUUCGUUCUUUUUCUUCCUGCUCUCAUCUGCCUGUCUGCAUCUCCCAGUCCAUGAACCAGCGAUCGUAGAAGUCCCGGUCGGUGCUGGAGCACUGCCGAUGUGCAUACCAAGCUUGAUGCCCAGGAAAAGAUGCUAGCUGAUGUGCCAUCGGUUUCACCAGGAUUUGUAGAUUGCCAGAUCUGAUCUGAUUCAGCGAGAAUUCUGAGCUACCAAAGCUGCUUCGACUCAAAGCUCUACCACUGCCCUAUCUUGCACUUUAAGAAGACUCGAUCGUCACGGAAAGAGCAGACAGAGGUAUCAAAUUCCAUGCUAGCUCCUCAUGUUCUUGAGCGCAAGAAAUGAGUCUUCCGAGUCGGAGGACAUCCAAGAACUGAUCAACAGUGGCCUCAAGUGCAACGCAUCCACGCCAGCCGACGACAUGGAGAGCGGCAGAGGCGGGGCACGAGCCGCCGGAAGCACGUCGUCGUCAUCGCCCCUGCCCAUGGUUCUGCCGUCCGAGCAGAAAGCACGGUACAGCACGGAGGAGGAUCCCAGUCGUUGCAGCUGCAGCGAUAGCUUCUUCGGCAAGUACUUUUCAUUCCUCCUGCUCAUGUUCGUCACCGCGUCGCUGGUGAUCCUCCCGCUCGUCCUGCCACCGCUGCCUCCGCCUCCGUCGAUGCUGAUGCUGGUGCCAGUGGCAAUGCUGGUGAUGCUCCUGGUGCUGGCGUUCAUGCCGACGUCAGGCGGCCGCAGUGCGACGGGCCCGACUGCCUACCUGUAGAUAACUAGUACGUCCUUUUCUUGUUUUUUCUUUUGGAUUUGGUGAUAGGGUAGUCAUGGAAUCAAGUUUAUGCCCAUCAGUUGAAGCCUAGAAGGUACCUGCUGCUUUUCCCCCUAUACUAAAUGAGUAUUUAUCAUGGGAUUUGUCCAGCUAAAUGAGGCCUUUGGUCAGAACAACGCCGUGACUAAUUUGCGCCUUCUUUAUUAACUAUGCUUUGCCAUAUUAGCACGAAACAUUGUAGUACAAGGAGAUGAAUUUACGUAUUUUACCAUGAUAAUUGAUGUUGUCAUUUUCAAAAGCCAUUUAAUUUCUUGAAUACACAGGGCUCACUAUGGUUCGAGGCUUCCAGCACCUGAUUGUGAAAUUUUUAUUAUUUUUUAAUAUCAAUAAGCCUUCGUUAUUCUCACUUGUUUCUUGUGAUACCAGGCAAUAGCUUUCAUGUAUGUUUACAGCUGCUACAUAAAACAUGCACCCACUUGAUAACAUGCAUCAUUUGAAGAUUUCAACAUGCCACUGAUCAUGAUUUUCUUGCAUAUCAUCUAGGAAUUUCUUUGCUUCAGCAACUUGUUUUCCCAUGAUCGUUCCUCCUGCGACAGUGUCAAGCAUGUUCUUUGAUAAAAGAUUUAAAGUUUUAUAAAAACAUGAAUAAUUAACCAUUCUUUCAUGUCAUGGUUAGUACAAUUCUUAACAACUUCUUUAAUACGUUCCCACAUAAGCGCUAGUGGCUUCCGGUCCUCCUGCUUGAAACAUGUAAUAUUAGCAUGUAGAUGCAUGGUUUUGUAAGCAGAAAAUAGGUAAUGUUAGCCUUUCCUCUUAAUUAAAAAUGAUUAAGCAUAAA